UUCCGUAUUCUUUCGAUCAUUUAUCAAAAUCGUACUCCGUAUAAUCUAAUAUUUCUGCAUUAAAUGCCAUAUGAACACAGUCAGUAGUACAGUGAGUGGAAGCUCAUAUUGAUCCAAAUCAUAAAGACGGAUGGAGAAGAAGUAUGCAUAUAUCGUAAACAAGUUCCCAUUAGCUAAAAGAUCAAUAUGAUACUUCUCCACAUGCAUAAAAUGAUGAUACUACGCAUUAAAUUAAAUUAUACGGAGCUCGCCCGAAAGAUUGCUUUCGUUCAACAACCCAUCGUUUUCACUUCUCAGCCGUAUUUGAUGAUUCCAAGAUUUGUGAUGAUUUCCCAUGCCAGGAGAGGCUUUAUCAAUUAAGGUUUGAAAAGAAGAGAAUUAAGAAGAUGCCAGCAGUUUGGGUUUCCUUGAAGAAAUCAUGGAAAUGCAGAUCAGAGGUAGGAGAUGUUCAUGACCCCAAUGGCCAUAAAACUCUCUGCAGGAUAUCAGCUCCGGGUACGAGCUCGUACCAGGAGUUCUCAAGUGUGGGUACUAACUUUCAGCGGAAAGCUAGUACCACGAUCAGGUCGGGCUGCUCGAGGUCGAUUGCUAACCUCAAGGAUGUUGUCAUCCAUGGGAGCAAAAGGCAUAACGAGACUCCCCAGCAUUUGGAAAGCCCAAGAUCCAUUGGCAGCAGUGAGCUGCUGAACCCAAUUGGGCAUGAGGUGGUUCUUGAUGAUUCCACCUACGAGCUCAAGAUCACUGCCACCGCCGGAGAUGGCGGCUGCCGUGGUGCCUCAUCGCCCUUUUUGGGGGGCACCCUUACUCCCAGGGGGCACCAUUUUGCUCCGUCCCGGAGGUCCGGUGUAGGAAUGGGUAGUCCUGCAAGAACAGGGUCUUCAUCAUCUCGUGGGCUUUCAAAGAGGAUAGGAUCCGGAGGAGUUGGGGUCAUUGUUGCUAGGCCCAGAACGAGGUCGGGCCGUAAGAUGAAUUGUGGAGGAGAAAACGUUGGUCUUCGGGCUUUGACUUGUCAUAAAUGUGGUGAGCUGUUCUCGAAGUGGGAUGCUUUUGAAUUACACCACCUCUCCAAACAUGCUGUUACCCAACUUGUUGAAGGAGACUCUUCUAGGAACAUUGUUGAAAUGAUAUGCAAAAGUAGCCGGUCUAACAAUGGGAUUGAGAGGAUCCUGAAGGUCCAUAACAUGGAAAAGACACUAGCCGAUUUCGAAGAAUAUCGUGAAAGGGUGAAGAUCCGGGCUAACAAACUAGCCACCAAACAUGCGCGUUGUCUAGCUGAUGGCAACGAGCUUCUAAGGUUCCAUGGCACGACCGUCGAAUGCCCGCUCGGUACGAAUGACUCCCCGAGCAUUUGUUUUUCGGAUAAAUGUAACGUUUGCCAGAUUUUGAGACAUGGAUUUACAAUGAAAAAGGAGAUUAAUGGAGGGGUAGGAGUCUACACGUCUUCUACUAGUAGUAGAGCGCUUGAAGCUAUUCAAUCUUGUGGUAAGAAAAAGGCACUUAUAGUUUGCAGAGUGAUUGCUGGAAGGGUACAUAGACC